CUUCACUUUCUCAGGCACCAAACCCCCCAAAACUCAACCGCCAAUCUUUCGCCUCUUUUUUUCUACAGCGUGAUACCAAUUCCUCGCAUCGUCGCGCGCCAAAGCAACAAACAUCUUGGUUCAUUACAGCGGCCGCCGGCACUAAGACCCAACGCCGUCAACCACAACCACCAGGACAACAAUCACAAUGCCCCGUCCCUCUAAGAAGGCCGCCACCGAGGCCCCCAAGCCUCCCGUUGCUGCUGUCCCCGUCGCGCCUGCGCAACCCGUGCAGCCCCUCCAGAUCCCCCAGAGACACAUUGAUGUCGAGGGUUUCAUCCGCGUCCGCGACUCGGUCCACCAACGUCUCAUCACCAUUCUGGAGCUGAUCAAGAACUUCUCCGAAGACUACUACCGCCAGACCAGUCUUCUGCUCGGCGAGUCUGCCAAUGAUGGCAUCCCGGGCAUCGACCACCCUCUGGUCAACCUGGAGCAUGCUGUAGCUCAGAACAUUGCUCCUCUCGCCUUGGGCCUCCCCGGUGGCGCCGCCUACCUCCCUGCCCCUGUCGAGGAGAAGAAGGAGCGCAAGAAGCGCACCCACGACCCCAAUGCUCCCAAGCGUCCCCUGACCCCCUACUUCCUCUACAUGCAGACUGCCCGUCCUAUCAUCGCUCUUGACCUCGGCGACGCCGCACCCAAGGGUGCUGUCCAGGAGGAGGGCCAGCGCCGCUGGAAGGCCAUGAACCCCGCCGAGAAGGCGGGAUGGAACAACGCCUACCAGUACAACCUCCGUCUCUACCAGGCCCGUGUCCACGCCUACAAGCAGGGUGGCAACUCGGAGGCCAGGCUCAUGGACGAUGAUGCCGCGCUCAAGUACGCCGAGGAGCACAACAUCCAGAUCAACCCCGUCGAUGUUGUCCCCGAUGUCGAGGACGCCAUUGCCGAGCAGCUGAACCAGGCCAACACGGUCGAUGCGCCCGGCGAAGAUGAGGAGGAAGACGAGGCUCCCGCCCCCGUCAAGACCCCUAAGAAGCCCGCCUCCACUCGUAAGCGCAAGACUGCCACUCCCGCUGCCGAGGCUGAGGCCAAGAACACCGGCACUCCCGCGAGUCCUGACAAGAAGCGCCGUCGCACAUCCACCAAGGUUGCCGAUGCCGUCGAGCCGGCAGAGCCCGCGAAGAAGAGCAGAGCUAAGAAGGCUAAGGCUUGAUCGGUUCGCUUGCUCUCUUCUACUCUUGUUUCUGGGUUUCUGGGUUUUUGCAAAGAUGAUACCUCAUUGUGCGGCCGCUUGUCGUUAACCUCCUAAACUGGCUUGAGUACCGGCGCUGAU